AUGAAUAAAGAGAUAAUCAUAGGAACAUACUACAAUACCGCGACAUUCAUAUCGAAGGAAUCUAAUCCCAUAGACACCAUGAACGGACAAAAAGUUAAAUUAUUACCAUUAGACUCUCCCCCGGAGUUAUCUAUGGAGUCAGAUAUGAAAAGCUCGAUCUAG